UCGAAUCAUCCAUCGAUUUACGCACUCGAUCUAGAUAGCCAACCACCACAACAGCACAAUGGCGUCCAACAACGCCGUCGCCUCCGAGGUGAACACCAACGUGACCAAGCUCAACGACCACCUUGCCACCGCCCUCACCGGCAGCGAGGCCACCGGGGCGACCACCUUCAUCACGCUGGCGGGGGAGUCCGCGGGCGACGUUGAGGACCUCGUCGUCGUCGGCAACCCGGACGCGGAUGAAGAGGAGGAUGGUCGGGAAGAGGAGGAGGAGAGCGUGGUGAGCGCCUACACCAACAUCAACUACCAGGCCGUCAACAACUCGGUGCUCGUCGCCGGCAGCAGCACAGUCAACGACCCCGGCGUCCACGUCGUCGUCGUCGAGCACGUCGACGAGAUACGCGACUAUGACGACGACGACGACGUCGAUGGCCAGGAGAUAUGAUCUAAGAAGGAGAGCUCGCAAAGUGAUCCAACAAUCAACUAUCCGUACGUAAAUGUUUCUAAACAAUCAGUAUAAUCGACGCGUGACGGAAUUAAUAUAUCCUUGAUGUAUAUAUCUGCGGUCGGCUUUACUUUGUUUGUGAUCGAGACUUUGGUUUAAUUGCUUGCUUAAUUUGGUCGAUGUAUUACUACGUUGUUCCCUGCUGGGUUAACUUCUUCAUACAAUUAAGUACUUGUAAGUUGCUUGAUGCACACUUGAAUAAAAAUCUAGCUUUAUAUAUAUUGCAUGAAUGUAUUUAUAUAUGUUCAUGAAAUUAU